UUUCCUGGGUGGAUGGCCUUCUCUGGAUCUAGCCUGUCAAAACUGCCCUAAGACAAGAGCAACGUGGGGUAAAGACGGAGUGAAAUGUAUGUUGAACUGCUAGCUUAUAUCACUAAACACACGUUGUAGCGGAUCGCGGCGGCUUUCCAAGAGUUUGGAGCUCAAACCCGAUCGGACGAGGCUUUGACUGGCAUGAGUCGCUACUAGCGCAGCUAACGUUACCUGCUCCAGGAGCGUUACGUUACAGCACGGCGUCUGAUCGCUAAUCAGGUGCUGUUCAGAUUUGUCGGCUCUGAUUGAGACCUGAGCAGGCCAAGAGAGAAAUCCACUGUCCCCUUCCCCGACCUCCUGUUCCUGACCCUCUCUGAAACACAUCUUUCACCAUGAAUGAAGUCAGUAUAGUCAGAGAGGGCUGGCUCCACAAAAGAGGUGAGUACAUCAAGACAUGGAGGCCCAGGUACUUCAUCCUGAAGAGUGAUGGCUCCUUCAUCGGAUACAAGGAGAAGCCUGAUGUAACAGACCAGAGCUUACCACCACUCAACAACUUCUCAGUGGCAGAAUGCCAGUUAAUGAAGACUGAACGCCCCCGGCCCAACACAUUUGUCAUCCGUUGCUUACAGUGGACCACCGUUAUUGAACGCACCUUUCAUGUUGACAGCAAUGAGGAAAGGGAGGAGUGGAUGAGGGCUAUCCAAGCUGUGGCCAACGGUCUGAAGAUGCGUGAACAGGAGGAGGAGGAACCCAUGGAUGUCUUCGGCUCCCCAAGUGAAUGCAGCCUGGAGGAGAUGGAGGUCGCCAUGUCCAAGAGCCGCACCAAAGUGACAAUGAGCGACUUUGAGUACCUGAAGCUGCUUGGCAAGGGGACGUUUGGGAAAGUGAUCCUGGUCAAAGAAAAGUCCACUGGUGUGCACUAUGCCAUGAAAAUACUGCGCAAAGAGGUCAUCAUCGCCAAGGAUGAAGUGGCCCACACAGUUACAGAAAGCAGAGUGUUACAAAACACGCGGCAUCCCUUCCUCACGACACUGAAAUACGCUUUCCAAACCCAUGAUCGGUUGUGCUUUGUAAUGGAAUAUGCCAACGGAGGCGAGCUUUUCUUUCACCUGUCACGGGAACGAGUGUUCACGGAAGACCGGGCGCGAUUCUACGGCGCUGAAAUCGUGUCAGCACUGGAGUACCUCCAUUCACGUGAUGUAGUUUACCGGGAUCUAAAGCUGGAGAAUCUGAUGCUGGACAAGGACGGCCAUAUCAAAAUCACUGACUUUGGUCUGUGUAAGGAGGGCAUCACCCCUGAUGCCACCAUGAAGACUUUCUGUGGAACUCCUGAGUACCUGGCGCCCGAGGUCCUAGAAGACAAUGACUACGGCCGGGCGGUGGACUGGUGGGGUCUGGGUGUGGUCAUGUAUGAGAUGAUGUGUGGCCGGCUGCCUUUCUACAACCAAGACCACGAGCGUCUGUUUGAGCUCAUCCUCAUGGAGGAGAUCCGCUUCCCCAGGAACCUGGCACCAGAGGCCAAGUCCCUGCUGGCCGGCCUGCUCAAGAAGGACCCCAAGCAGAGGUUAGGUGGAGGUCCUAAUGAUGCCAAAGAAGUAAUGAGCCACAAAUUCUUCAUCUCCAUCAACUGGCAGGAUGUGGUACAGAAGAAGCUCACCCCGCUCUUCAAGCCGCAGGUAACAUCAGAGACGGACACCCGGUACUUUGAUGACGAGUUCACUGCACAGACCAUCACGCUCACACCCCCAGACAAGUAUGACAGUCUGGAUAGUGAGGAUACCAACCAGCAAGCACAUUUCCCCCAGUUCUCCUAUUCUGCUAGCAUAAGAGAGUGAUACUGUCCCCACCACCACCACCACCACACACACACAAAAACACACACAGCAAACACACACACACACACAUGAGGCAUGAAGACAGACACCCCAUACAGCUGUAAAUGACCAGAAUCUCCGUACAACACAGUGGAGUUUUGGUCCCGGCAGGAUCCAAGUGCCUAGACUGGCGGCCAUAUUGCUCUCUACAAGCCCCCCUCCCUCGUCCACACUACGGACAAAGCCUGGCCGCGUUGGCUGUACUGUAUCAAACUGGACUUCUGUACCUCACACUGUCAUCAGCACAAACCAACAACACAAUCAGGACUCCGUCAAGCACCUUCGGAUGGCCUAUACCUGACUGCUGCUGCUUCUCUGGACUGUAAAACCACCGGUCAUUUCUAGCGCUCUUUCUCUCCCUCUUAUUUUUAUAAGUCUUCUAAGUCUUAUAAGAAGCCAUACAGUUUCUCCGCAACUUUUCCAAGUGCUCUUCUUUGGAGCUGGCUGUUACCAGUGGUGACAAGCCACUCCUUGCAUGAGAGUGGGGGACAAGUGUGGCAAUUUAUAGGCUGUUUUUUUUUUUUUUUUUUUUUUUUUUUCCUGCUAGGUGUGUGUUUCUUGAGAAAACGGGCAUCAAAUCCAAAAUGAAUGUCAUCAUAUUUGUCGGAGAGAGAGUGUGAGAGCAUGAGGUUUAUUUUGUGUGUGUGUGUGUCUUUUAUAUAACGCUUGCCCAAUAUGCAUCAGGAACAACAGAUGAACUUGGUAAUACUGCAGAUACACGAGUCUCCUCAGUGGAAACCUAUUACAGUGCGAACAGUGAGGUGUGGGAGAGAGGGUGUCCUUUUUAACCUGUAUGCAAUGACAAAUUGAACUCGUAUUAUUAGUUUGCUCUUGUCUCGGAAUGUGAUCUCUGUUAAUAGAUCUCAAGUGCUACACAGCAGCGAAUGGGAAUUGGGAAUAGCUAAAUGCACAAGGUGUAUAUGUUAUUUUUUUAAAACAAGGUUUUUAAUUCUAACACUUUUUUUUUUUUUUUUGGAUCGUUGAUCAGAGAAAAUACACGCCAGCCAUGCAAUUGAAGAGGGUCAAUAAGCACUUAGUUACUUCAAGCAGACCUCAGUUUUCAGUUUUCUCAGAUGGACCAUGUGCAUACUGUAGAUGAAAGCUUCCUGGUUAGGUGUCUUUUUUUUUUUUUUUUUUUUUUUUUUUUUUUUUUGUCAACACCCAUUCAAAAUACCUAUUCAUAAACUGGGAGUAAUAAACACCCAAAUUUACUUUGGCACCAAACUGGGUGCCUUUGUAAAUUCAUUAUCUGUUCAUUAUUUGCUGAAUCCCCAUCGUGGCUGAGGGGCUAAUAAUAUCCACAUGAAGUUUACAGUCAUAGCUAAAUUAUUAUGCCAAGCUAAUUGUGUCUCUAAAGAGUGAAAAUAACUUCACAUCAGAUCAUAACUCACCAGCUUGUACUCUGCCAGCCAGAGUACACAGUGGUGGCUGUCAGUUUACUCUUUUUCACCUCCUCAUGGCCAAACUGUGUCUGUCCACCUGUUUUCUAAAUCCUAUUUUUCUGGUGUUCCUGUGCAUCCAGUGUACUUUUUUUCUCUUCAAAUUAGCAUGUGACAUUGGAUGUGAGUGGAAAUACCUGAGCUGCACGCCAUACGUUAAAAGGGAGCUGGAGAACUGAAAAUCCUCAUCCAGGGAAGCUGAUGCAUUUCAUGAACAUGGUCCAUUGUGAAAUUUGUGUUUCAGUGCAAUUACUCCUUGCAAUGACGUCUCUUUUUUUUUUCCUUUUUCUUUUUCUCCUUUUGAAUUUUCUCAGUUCGUCCCAUCCAUCAAAAUACGACAGCACAGUGGAACAUUAUGAAAUGUUAACUGGGAAGGGUGCACCUUUUUCAAGGUGCAGUAUUGGGUGUGUUAUAACCGGAAAUGCGCCCACCUUUGUAUUUGGUGCUACUCCUCUGAGUCACUGGCGAUGAAUAGAAGGCCAGUGCAGAUGACCCGCUUGAAUUCCCCAUCACUCAAAGUGCCCUCUGUCCCAUGUGCUGUUUUCAGUUUGUUUCCGUUAUUUUAUUAUUACUUUUUUUGUUUGUUUUUGCCUUGUUUUCCCCUCCGGUUUCUUUUCUCAACUUGCUGUUUUACCCCCAUCUUUUCCCGUAUCCCGAAACCCUUUGAACGAUGAUAAUCUCAAAUAAGGAAAUUCAUAAUGGUUGAAAGAAAUGUAUGAUGUUGUUUUUUUUUUUCCCAGUUACGUUAUUCUAUUCAAUCAAUCCAUUUCUUUUUGUCUAUGAAUGUAAUUCCGAAAGACAAUGAUCGAAUACAUGUUUUUGUCUUAAUACAU